UGCCAAGAUCUGCAGUACAUGACUGAGGCUAUAUGGGGCUGUCAGUCAGCAAUCAGCGCCUGCAGUGACCUCUACGAUUUGGUUAUGGUCAGAUGGGACAAGCAGCAUGAGUGGUCUCCAUGGAACACUAUUCUCCUCACUAAAGAAGAGGCAGAUGCACAUCUUAAGCUGCGUAACCUUCAGAUGGCUGCCCGAAUCCGGAGAGCUGCAAGUGAAGCAGGAAGUGCAGCUGUGCACACCCCGGGACUUCCCUUUGCAGCUGGGCAGGCACGGACGCGCUCGCCCGGAGUCACGAUGCAGCUCUCCGCUGCUGCCCCAGCCCCGCUCCUCUGCACCCUCACUCUGCUCUUCAGACUGGCUUUGUCAGUGCACCAUGUGCCAGUGCUGCUUUGGUCAACUCUGAGAUCACAGUGGAAUCCAGACAGUGCUUUGCACGAAGGACACAUUGUCUCCAAACAGGAGCUGACUGAACUCUUGCAACCUGUUUUUACCCAGAAUUCCAGAAACCUCAUCUUGUUCCUGCAAGAUAUGCUUAGUAUAGAUGAUUUCACAUACUUCAGUGAAUCCUCCGGUAACAAGAAUCCGUUUCAAAAUGUUCAGGAAAGUCUUCGGUCUUCACCUUCAUCUUUAGUUUUACCAGCUGUUGACUGUGAGGCUACCAGGCAUCUUCUGAGUUUUCUUCAGGAAUCAAAAGAUUGGAAGUUAACACAUGUAACUAACCUCAACAUCUCUCAGCUGGAAGUGAACACGUCUAAACCAAACUUACUGGUGGUUCAGCUACAACCACUUGUCAGUGGUUUAAAUGAGAUUUCCACCCUGGAAGCAAUUGCUGAAAAUGACAAAAUAAUUGGAAGACUGACCAUGGAUCUGCAGGAACGAGGGAUUCAUUUUUCAGUGAUAUAUACUGCAGUGAGACCUUCAAGG